CAGUUCGUCCCACGUUAUUUACACUGGUUUUAUCGAUAAAACCGAAUAGCGUGGGCGACUUCAAUUAUGAAAAGUCAGUUGCCGGUGUAUUGCGGGACGGGGCGAACGUGUGCUUCGUCGUCGUCGUCGUCGUUUACUGAAAAAGCAGCUUUGCAGAAGGGAUUAUUUGAUGAUGGAAAGGGUUUCUGUGCUGGCGACGGCCGUUCGGAUCCGCUGCCCUUCUUGCCGUGCACGAAACUAGGUCAAAAACGAUCGAUACUAUUCCGAUGCGAGUAGGAAAUGUGAAGAACGGGAAUGCCGUCACAGCAGAAGCAGAAGGGAGGACAUCAAAUAUGCAUGAAUGUUAUAGAAUGAGGAAGCAGUGAGAGUUUCGUGGAAUAUGAGCGGUAAAAACGGACCGAAAAGGACGUCCGGAAUCGCCGCCUUUCAACGGGUCAGAGAGAACAUCGAGGAUCUCGACUGCAGUUCAUCGGGAAUCGACGAAACCGAUCUGGUGUUCCUCAAAGGCCUCAUGGACAGUCCAGUCUUCCAGAACCUUGUCAAGGUGCAGGACCGGCUUGAGGAGCCUCCGAAGCUGCCGAAACCGAUAGGCGUGACGAACAAGGAUCUAGUGAGCGAACUGAUUUUGCGGUGCGGUAGGUCGAGGAAUCGGGAGUUGAGAGAACUCGGACAGUUGUUGGCGAGGCCGCAUCUGAGGGCUCUCAUAGAGACGCACGACAAGAUCGGAGAGGUGAUCUUGGGGCCGAAGAUAUCGAGUCCGAAAGUCGAGGACAUUCUUCCAGCUCUCAACGGGAUGACGGGGGAGACUUUCAGGAUGGUCGGGCUUCGCAGGAAGCCCGGAGAACCGUUGGGUUUGACGGUCCAAGUGGAUGAGAGCGAGAAUCUCGUCGUGGCGAGGAUCCUCGAGGGUGGAAUGAUCGAAAAGCAGGGAUUACUGCAUACGGGCGACGUUAUUCUGGAGAUCAACGGAGCUCCCGUAUACACGCCCGAAGAAUUGCAGACGGAAAUCGCAAAAUCCAAGGAUUCCGUGACGCUGAAGAUCGGCCAGAACGACACCACCGACAGCUCGGCUCCGGUCACGCACGCUGCUCUAGUUGCCAAUGGAAACGCCAAAAAUGGGAUCAAUAAAAAACUGACUUGUUACAUGAGAACUCUGUUCCAAUACGAUCCGGAGGAGGAUACGCUUCUGCCGUGCAAAGAGAUCGGUCUGAAAUUCGAGCGCGGCGACAUCCUCCAGAUCGUCGACCAGAAGGAUCCGAACUGGUGGCAGGCGAAGAUCGCCGGAACGGAUGGACCCGUCGGUCUCAUUCCCUCCAUCGAACUGGAGGAGAGAAGGAAAGCCUACGUCCAUCCGGAAGCGGAUUACGUGCACAAGAUAAGCAUCUGCGGCGCUCGCAUCUCCAAGAAAAAGAAGAAAAUCAUCUACCAGUCGAAGAGCAACACCGAUUUCGAUAAAGCGGAACUUUUGCUGUACGAGGAGGUCACGCGAAUGCCGCCGUUCAAGAGGAAAACUCUGGUACUGAUUGGAUCUCAAGGCGUCGGUCGUAGAACCAUCAAGAACAGACUGAUCAACAGCGAUCCGGAAAAGUUCGGUGGAGUCGUACCAUGGACGACGAGACCGCAGAGAGUGUUGGAAGAGAACGGACAGAGCUACUGGUUCACCGACAAAGAGACGAUGGAGGAGGAGAUCAGAAAGCACAAGUUCUUGGAGUACGGAGAGUACAAUGGUAACAUGUACGGUACGCAUCUGGACACGAUGAGGGAGAUCAUCAAGCAAGGCAAAAUGUGCGUCCUGGAUUGUAGCCCGGCUUCUCUGAAGAUCCUCCACAACAGCACCGAGUUUCUUCCGUACGUCAUCUUCGUAGCUUCACCCGGAAUGGAGCAUCUGAAGACGCUUUACGACGUGGGUAAAAGCAACAGCAACUUGAGACAUUCCAGCAGGAACUUGACGUUUGAUCGCCAAAGCUCAAUUAGGUUCAGCUCGCGUAGGGCGAGGACGUUGGAAUCUCUAGCUUCGCUCUAUGAGGAGGAAGAUCUGAAGAGAACUUUGGAAGACAGCGCGAGUAUGCAACGAACGUACGACAAAUAUAUUGAUCUCGUAAUUACGAACAACGAUUUCGAUUCGACGUUCAGGCAGGUCAUCGAAGCCCUCGAAUCGCUGACAUCCGAACAUCAGUGGGUACCGGUUAACUGGAUCUACUGAGGCCAUAUAUAAACAAAAACAAAA